AGUCGUGGUCUGCUGGUUUGUUGGGUUGAACCGAAAGCGGAGCGGAGUGAAAGCAAAUCCACUUUCCAUUCCGUUGUUGCUCGUCCUUGAAUACGACGACGUGUUGUACACGGUUGCUGCUGCAGUUUUUUUGCUGAAUUUUAUUAGGGCCAACAACUGUACUUUUUUUUAUAAAAAUGCACUGCAGGACUUGAGACGGUCGAUAUUUUUGCGCAAACAUAGUUUCGCAGUUCCAAUUCAGAAUCUUUUGGCUGACUUAUUUUUAUUGCAACAUUUCAACAUAAAGUGUAUUACAGUUUCUUCAUUCAAAGGUUAAAUGUAUUUAGACGGGACAAUAAUUUUCACUUUAAAUUCUUAAAAUCUAUAACAUUCAUCGUCUCAUGGCCCUCCUUGCAUUACACGGAGUUCAUUUUCGCAGCCAUGCCAAACCUGGGAAAGGAGACAUUGGAUUCUUUGAUAGUGAGAUUCAACUGGACAACAACGUAUUCCAGCCAUACGGCACAGUCAGUGGGAGGCUCAUUGUCAACACGAACAACGAGGUGGUUUGUCACGGUAUCCGGGUACAGCUAGACGCUAUUGUAAAUCUCAAGUUUGACACAAAAGUGGAUAACAGGCUUAGUAAUCACAAAAAAAUAGAAGGAAUACUUCAAGAUGCACUCGAACCAGCUGAAGGUUAUUACAUUGCUUCACCAGUUCUGGAAGAUUUGUCGAAUGAUGACGAAACCUCGACGAGACUCGUAGUCCUACAGCCAGGAACUUAUACAUACCCCUUCGUAUUAACAAUGCCUGGAGAAACCUUACCGGCCCCUUUUAGAUCACAGUAUGGCAACCUUCACUACAAAAUAGUGGCUUACAUGGCAUCUGCCUUUUGCUACGUCCAAGUUGCAGAAAAAGCUUUGAGAUUUAAAGGAUACAACAAUCUGAACCAACUGCCCAAUUAUUUGGAACCAAUCAAGAAUGAGUCGGGUUUCCAAACGUCCAUGUUUUCAAAAAAGAAAGUCAUCACGGCAAUCAUGACUCUGAACAAGCGUGGCUUUCUCCCAGGAGAUGAUUUACCCUUCGUAUUGAGCAUUAUCAACCCGAAAUGGUUUGUGGUGAGGAAGAUUUCCGUGAACCUGGUACGACGGGUUAUCUACAAUGUAAAUGGAGCCACCAAAACAACCCUUGUGAAUUUGGAUUCUUUCGAAAACACCGAGAUUAGCAAAGAUGAUGAGAUUUACUGCGAGGGAAAGCUGAGCAUACCGAGAAAUUGUAUGCCCACAUACAACGCAAAACCGGUUUACUCUGUCAUACAUUUGAUCCAGUAUCAAGUGAAAGUUGCCGAGUAUCCUGGACCCAUGAAGGGGCAGCUGGAGGUUGUGAUUGGCACGACGAAGGAGUCUGUGGAAACUUUGAUGAGUCGAAGAAUGAGCAAUUUGCAGGUGGAAGACAAUCCGUAUCCAGCCACAACCAGGGAACGGUCCAACUCCACCGUUUCGAGAUUGUCAGACUGUUCUGUAGUGACCACGACGUCAAUGCCACCAAAUUACUCGCAACUCAACUCCCGAGCAGUGAGUCUCCUCUCUCUCGACACAUUGCCCCCACAUUACGACGACUUGAUGUAACAAAGGGGUCUCUUCUAUCUACACACGGAUUUCAGCUCUCUCGAUCUGCCUUACUUUCUUGCCUAAUAACAAUUCCAUCUGUACCUGCAUGUAAUUUGAUGUAACGACUAUUCUUGCGUGUUCAACCUUUUGUUCCCCACAAGAGAAUCUUUUGGGGACAUUUAAACAAUUAUGCGAUAUGAAGAAUGCCACGUUUCAUGCUUUCUCAAAUGCCUUCAAUAUAAAGCAUGCUCAUACAUAUGACCACAUAAAAAUUUCUAACUCAACUUCUUACAUAAUUUUACUUACAUAAUUACGAUAAUGAUAUCUCCUUAAUUAACAAAUUUUGCUAUAUUCAUGCUUAUCUAUAUUGCUCAUACUUUUAUUAUAAUGGUUCAAAAUAAAUUAACUUAUUCAACA